CUUCUAUGUAAAUAAAAUCCUCCUCAUCUUCUCUUUGCUCCGCCAGCUCCUUCUAAACAAACCUCUCUGAGAAAACAAAGAAAAAAUCCACCUUCUUUUUUUUUCGUUUUGUUUUUAUCAAGAACAAAUUUUAAAAAAAAUGAAGAAUGAACUGUACAUAACCGUACCGAGUGUUUUCCGGUGUCCAAUCUCACUGGACGUAAUGAAAUCUCCGGUUAGCCUCUGUACGGGUGUUACCUACGAUCGUUCCAGCAUCCAGCACUGGCUCGAAUCAGGUCACGACACGUGCCCCGCCACCAUGCAGGUUCUGCCUUCCAAGGAUUUUGUACCAAACCUCACUCUCCAUCGUCUAAUUAAUCUCUGGGUCCAAUCCUCCACUCGCCGGCCAGGCUCUGACUCUCCGCGGAUGCUUCAGGCGACGCCUCUGAUGAUCUCAGAGGUUCAAGCUAAGCUAUUGAUAGAGAAGAUUGAGAGCGAGAGCUGCGUCGAUUCUUUGUCUAAGGUUGCCGAAUUCAUAAGCUGUUGUGAAGAGAACCGGAGAUUUGUAGUUAGAUUCGGCGGUUUCGUUGAGGUAAUAGCCGGUGUUUUGAAAAGGAAAUUCGUGGAUAUCAAAGCUUUGGAAAUGGUGGUUAGGAUUUUGGAUUUGGUUUUGAGCGAAAACGGAGUCAAAGAACGGUUAAACAAAUUAUUCCUCAAAAGCAAUCAGGAAAACAAUUUCUUAUCUACAAUCGUCUUAAUUCUCCAAAACGGAAGCCUCGACUCGAAGAUCAAAUCCGUCCGAGUUCUGGACUCAAUCGCACUCGACUCAGAAUCCAGACGCAAAAUGGCCGACUCACAAAACAUUGUAUCCAUCUUUCUUCAUCUCCUCAAAACCAGCAACAACAAUCAAUCCUUAAACGACGCCGUUACCGCCUUUUUAACCACCGUUUCAAUAACACGUUCCAUCAAAUCUCACCUCCUCGAAAACGGUGCCGUUGAGAUCCUAUCAAACUCCCUAGGCGAAAAGUCAUUGAAGUUGUUAGCAGUACUCUGCAGUUGUAGCGAAGGGAGGUCAGCGAUUGGUUCAGAUCCGAAAUGUGCCGCGGGGAUAGUGGAGAGGUUGUUGAAGGUGUCGAAAACGGCGACAGAGGAUGCGGUAUUGGUGUUGUGGAGCAUGUGUUGCUUGAGCAAAGAUGAGAAAGUGAAAGAAGAGGUGGUUAAAGAGAAUGGAGUGACCAAAAUUUUGGUGGUAAUGCAAAGAGAAGGGGAAGGGAAUGUGAAGAUGAUGUGUAGGGAUUUGGUUAAGGCUCUGAGGGCCGGUUGCAAAGAUUGGUGUUUGGGAAGUUAUGAAACCAAGACUACUCAUAUUAGGCCUUGUUGAGAUUUUGUUUCUAAUUUUUUCUUUUUCUUUUUUU